UCUCUCUCUCUCUCUCUCUCUCUCUCUCUCUCUCUACAGCAAAAGAAAACAGAGUUUCACAAUGUGCGACUCAGACUUUAUCUCUCGCUGUUCCUCAUACGAAGCAGACGUCGAUUCAGACUCCGACAUCUCUAGCUCCAGCUCAUGCUCUUCGUACAGUGUCUCCGAGGAAGAGAUAGACAAUGGCUUUGGUGAUGAGUCGAUAAAGAAGACCAAGAAACUGGAGAAGAAGAAGAGCAAUGUGUUGCUUGAAGGUUACGUUGUUGAUGAUUCAGCGGUUAGUGAUGAUUUGAAGCGGACCAAGAGUUUAACAGACGAUGAUCUAGAGGAGCUUAAAGGUUGUGUAGAUCUAGGUUUUGGUUUUAACUACGAGGAGAUUCCUGAACUUUGUAAUACUUUACCUGCUCUUGAGCUUUGUUACUCGAUGAGUCAGAAGUUUAUGGAUCAGGAUCAUUCGCCUGAGAAGAAACAGCCGGUGAUGCUUGAGUCUCACGUUAGUCCUAUAGCCAGCUGGAAGAUCUCUAGUCCUGGGGAUAAUCCUGAUGAUGUCAAAGCAAGGUUGAAGUUCUGGGCACAAGCUGUGGCAUGCACCGUGAGAUUAUGCACUUGA